UCUAGAGGGCGACAGAACAAUGAAUGCACUUCCUUAUCUGAGGCGGAGAUGCCGAGGAAGAAGCUGUCAAAACACUGCAAGGCCCUCUGAGUGGGCAUUUAAACAUGACUUGGUUAUUGUCCAAAUUUGCAGCUUACAUUAAUUUAAUAUGCUGUUAAGAUCGGUGGUCAUCCCGGAUGUUAUACCAAAAACCAAAUUACUUGCUUUCUUCUGUGGAAAAUGGACGAAGAUAUCUGAGAAAUGUCCAUGUAAUGGAAGUCAAUGGGAACCACAAUUAUUUGGUUGGUGUGUCGCUCCAUUUUCCUUCACGGGAGUACUUAAACAUCUGCAAUGACUCCGCCUGAGCAUCUCAAUGUGAGCCCCUGGGGCUUGUCUGAGUUUUUGGUCCAGAGGAGGUUGCUUGGUUUUGGGGCUCUGCUGGCCUGGAUGGUCUUGUUCCACCUGCUGAUCAACGUUUGGCUCUUGUGUUUCUUCACAAGCCUCUUAGUGGUUAUAGGUGGUUGGCUUGGUUCCCAGGUUGUCCUGGACUCGGACAGCGUUGUUCACCUAGAGCACUUUGUUAGGCUGGAGGAGAUCCCUCACAGUGCCGAAAGCGAGCAACAACUGGAAGACGAGAUCCAGAAGACAGUUGGCAAGAUCAUACGUGACUUUGUCACCUCAUGGCACAGCACCGUUUCCAAAGAAAAAGAGUUUGAGGAUGAGGUGCACAAUGCCAUGAUCUCAAUGGCAUUGGAGCUGAAGGGUCGAGUGGCAAGAGUUGACAGGAAAGCUUUAUCUCAGAGGGUUUUAGACCUAUGUGGAUGUCACCUUCAGUGUUAUUUGGGUGCCAAGGAAGUCGUUAAACAUCAAGAGGUGGAAAAAGGGGAAGACCUCUGGGAGGCGUACAGCAAACUCUGCCCUCCUCAUCCCGCUCUUCAGAGCUCUGCUGUCGAGGUGAAUUACGUACGGGCAAUUGUAGAUCUGCUUCUCCAUGCUCUUGUACCUCCUCCACAUUUAGAAACCCGAACAGGUCGAUUUGUGGUUGGCGAACUUAUAAUGUGCAAUGUUCUGCUGCCUUUAAUUGCAAAACUGUCCGACCCGGACUGGCUAAACAUGUUGAUUGUAAGCAUCUUCACAAAAUCCAGCGAACCAGCACCAGAACCAGCAGAAGUUCACGCUCCACCACAAGUUCUAUCUCCUCAAGAAAACACGCCGCAAGAGCUUGAAAUUCCUUGCGUUCUGUCCCUAAAAGUCACCCCAGAGACCCCUACAGCAACGGAGGCCCCAACACCAGAACUUGCAGCUUAUGAUGUCUUUGACUCCGCUGAUCUUUAUUCUCCACACAACCUGGAGGAAGACGAACCACGGUCGACCAAACCGUUUCCAUUGGGUUUUAGCCCCAGGGAUUAUCUGAGACUCGGUAAACCCAAUCCGUUCUAUCAAGAAACCGACUCCGAUUUGGAUUCUCCGCUAACAGAUUUCAAGCCGAGCACCCUAGAAACGCUGGCUCUGAUUGGUUCAGAGGAGACCCUUUCUGAAAGUCUUGCAGAAUACACCACUCCGGCUGAUGCUGGGUUAGACCUCGAGGAUGAACUUCCAACUUACACCAAUAAUACGACAGAGAAGGAGCUAUUGGUACGUUCCACAGGUGUGCCUGAGGAAGAGCCAUCAAGGUUUUGCACUCUCCAGCUGCUGGAGAAGAGCAACUCGAGUGCAGACCAGCCAGGCCUGGUGUACCCCAGUGAGCUGGCUUUGACUGCACCCGUCCAGGCUUCUUCACCAGCUGGGAUGGCAUCCCUGGCACCUUUUAACUUCGAGCCGCUCAGCAGCCCAGAGGGUCCGGUCAUUAUCCAGAACCUCCGCAUCACUGGCACCAUUACUGCUAAGGAGCACCGAGGCACUGGCUCACAUCCCUACACUCUCUACAGCAUAAAGUAUGAGACAGCCAUUGACUCUGAGAAUCCUGAAUCAUUGCAGCCCAUGGCCUAUCACACCGUCAGCCGACGCUACAGCGAAUUCCUCAACCUUCAGACCCGUUUAGAGGAGAAACCCGAAUUACGCAAGAUUCUUAAACAUGUGAAAGGACCAAAGAAAAUAUUUCCUGAGCUUCCAUUUGGAAACAUGGACUGUGACAAAGUCGAGGCCAGGAAAGGUCUUUUGGAAACAUUCCUUAGACAACUUUGUGCCAUUCCUGAAACGGCCAACAGUGAGGAAAUGCAAGAAUUUCUCGCUCUUAACACUGAUGCAAGAAUUGCCUUUGUGAAGAAACCCUUCAUUGUUUCACGCAUAGACAAGAUUGUGGUGAAUGCUAUAGUGGACACCCUGAAGACGGCCUUCCCUCGCUCAGAUCCACAGAGUCCUACUGAUGAAAUUGACGCAGAGCCUGAUGGGAAACCAUCCACUGACAAGAAAUCCAAGUCUCGAAUGAGGUUCUCUAGUAAAACUGCCCCUGCUCUCAACGUGUCUGACAUGAAACCCAAAGUGCUUUACUGCUUUGAUGAAAGCAGCUCUGUUUUCAAUGGCUUCUCUUUGAACGAGCUGGAGAGCUUCAUCUCCGAGAAGGAGCGUUGUGAAGCUAAAACAGGGUUUGAUGCUGAUGCAGAGAGAAGUGGAGCAUCUAAAUGGGAAAUAAAAACAUGCGCAUGUGCCAAAGCACAGCUACAGAAUGAACCCGCCUUCAGUGAUUCUGCUAGUAAGAUGGCUCUAUCUGACCAGGCCUUGAAUAUCCUGUGUGUGCUCAUGAAGGAUCAGUGGAGCUGGCUCUGCACAGAGAACAUCCAGAGGGCCAUCAGACUGCUGUUUGGGACCCUCAUUGAAAGGUGGCUGGAGGUGGGUGUUGUUAACCUGACCUGUACGCAGUAUUGGGUGAUUUAUCUGCGGGUGCUGCAGGAGGCCAUCUGGCCUGGAGGAAGUCUACCGGCUCAACCCAGACCCCAACGCAGCCAGCAGCAGAAAGACGAGAGCAGAGCACAGGCUCUGCAGUGCCUUAUGAAUCUACUACCAGAUCUGAUCUCUGAUAUGCUGGGCUCUGAGAAGUACAAGACAUCUUGGCUGACGGUUGUGGAUUCUUUUCAGCACCCCACCAUAAACAGGCAUCUUGUGUACUGCAUCUGGGAUCUGCUAAUUGAGUUUCUCGUCCCCGAGGCGUCUGAUGGAGACUUUCAGAAAACACUUCUACACAGCCUGUCCAAAAACGCUGAGAAGCUGCCACCAUAGGAGUUCUUGUGGUGGACUGGAAACACUGAACUCACUUGCAUAUAUACAUGCAUAUAUACAUAUCACAUACAAACCUGUGAUAAGUUAAAGUGUUAGGCAGGAAAAUGUAAUCAAGAAAGUGUGGAUUUGGAUUCAUGACAGCCUAUGUCUGGCACUAAUUUGGUCUCCCUGUUUCUGGGACACAUGCGCACAUCCGGGCAGACAUUGAUUAAUGGCCACCUGUUUUGUGUUUUAUCAAACCACAAGUCCAAUCUCUAAAGCUCGACAUACCGGAUCUGAAUUAGUCGCAGGUUCUCCAACUUUUAUCCACCUUGUUCCUGCUUCAGCUUUGGGCAAAGCUCUUACAGAUGGACUGCGCAGAUCAUUUCUGCACUAUCCUAUUAUGUGUUUCCGGCCUUUCAGUCUUGAUAUACCUUGACUUUACACACAUUCCCUUCUUUUGCACAUAUGCACUUGAUCAUUUUGCUUCUAGCCUUUUUCAGAGAUGCUUUAAGAGGCUGUAUCGACCUUAUCUCUCGAAGUAAGAAAGCCUGUUCUUCAACAAGUUUCCUUUUUUAAGUAUGCAAUUCAUCACAUCUGUUUCUGUUGUCACAGUAAUGCUGUAUGUUCUUUGAGUGCUUUCAGCCAACCUGUGAAGCCUUUAAGUGUAAUUUCUCUAUUCACAACCUCUAAUUAAGUGGUUGGAUGCCUCUAAGGAAAAAGAAAAGGUCAUGUUGAUUCAGCAAAAAUGGCCAGUUUUCAGCAUUUGUCUUAUUUACUCUGUUAUUGAAGAAUGCAUGUACGUUUUCUUAAAGAGACAGUACACCCAAAAAGGACAUUCCAAUCCUUUAUUACAUAUUUUAUUUGUGGAAUAUAAAAUAUUUUUUUGAGAUAUGCAUUUUUACCCUUAUAAUGGAAGGCAAUAGUCACCAAAACUCUUUGGUUACCAACAAAAAAACAAAGGCCUGUGUUUAGCAGCAAAAAAGGUUUGGAAAUCAAUUUUGGGUGAACUACUCCUUUAAAUAUGUUUAUUUCUUUACAAAGCAGCUGAGAUCUAAAAAAUGAUAGAAUAUGUAUUGUGGUUAAUUAUUUUCUUAGAAUUUUAGCAGAAUGAAAUGUCUUAAUUGCCUUAAUGGGCCCUAUCAUACACCAAGCGCAAGGUGUGGGGCAAGUGUUUUUGGUAGUUUCAUACCGACGUAGUUCAGUUCUCAUUUUCCUGUCCUGUGCCGUGUUGUUUAAAUAGGAAAUGUAUUUGUGCCCAUAUUGGCACAUUGCUAUUUUGAGGGCCUGAAAAUAGCCUGCGCCAUAGACCAACUCAAACCUAGUCUAAAGUCAAUGGUGCAAUAUUGUUUUUAUUUAAAGAAUAUGUGAGUACAAAAUGCGCCUCUGGACGGGUCCACAACAUGCGUUCACUUUGCUUAUUACACAAAGGGAUGCACAGCAGCACACAAAAAAAUGUAUAUAGGAAAAACUAAAAGAUUUAAAUAUAAAUUAAUAUUAUAGUGUACAUAAAUAUAAAAAUGCUUACAUGUCAUAAUGGAUAGUCAUUGCAUGCAUUAGAAUUAGGCUACCUUUUUGCUCGCGGACGAGUAGCUCCGUUUCAUUUUGCCGUGUAAAUAGCAAAUCCACAAUGACGCGAGCGCAGCUGGAAUGGGAGAUGACACUCUGACUGGCUUAUUUGCACGUUACGUCCAAAAAACACCUUCACCAUGCACAUUGAUCGUUAAAAUGGGGUCCAAUGUGCAUAACAAACAAAAUUAUCAAAUGGAUGCACAUUAAAAAGUCUGAAAAAGUCUCAUCAUUCCUUAGAGAUAAUUCACCCAGAAAUGAAAAUUCUGUCAUUAACAAUAAUGUCGUUCCAAACCAAUAAAAUCUUCAUUCAUCUUCAGAGCACAAAUGAAUAUAUUUUUGAGGAAAUCCGAGAGCAAUGUAACUGAAAUGUUUCCAGACCCAGAAAAUUGUGUGCAAAGAAAACAAAAAUAAUGACUUUAUUUUACAAUUCUCCUCCAAAAAACAUGCACCGCAAUUAUUGAAAGUACCUCUGCACGUAAACCGCACAUGUGCGUGAUGCUGCUGUAGUAGAACGCAUGCUUUGCACCUUGAACACACACCAAUACAUCAUGGUACUCUCGAUAAUAGCAGAAUACAUGAUUUGGAGGAGAAGAAUUGUUAAAUACUGUUGUUAUUUUAGUUUUCUUUGCACACAAAAAAUAUUCUGGUAACUUUGUAAGAUUGGUUGAAACACUGAUGUCACAUGGACUGUUUUACUGAUGUCCGUACUAUGUUUUUGAGUUUGGAAACAUUUCAGUUGUGUUGCUGUCUAUGGAGGGUCAGAAAGCUCUUGGAUUUCAUCAAAAAUACCUUAAUUUUAGUUCUAAAGAUGAACAAAGGUCUUAUAGGUUCAGAACAACAUUAGGGUAGUUCAUUUUUGAUGUGUCGUUUGUUUUUCAAAUCGUACAAUAUUACGGUUAUUUUUUUUUAUUGCAAUUAAUAUGUCAUCUAGUCACCAUUCUGCUUGCACAAACUACUUAGUAGUUGUAUAAAAUGGUUUUUUCUUUUUUUAUGUGAAGGCUUGAGCUCAAUGCAUGCAGAAUUGAGGUUCUGCACUGUAAGCCCUGUUACCCAGUUUGCAUUACAGUGGCUUAAUGGCUUUGUUAAACUGUACUUGUGCUUAAAGAGCUAAAUGUUGCACUAUUUGUAAUUUUGCAAGUGAUUUGGUCCUAUAUGUUGAAGGCCUUAUGUUUUUGUGAUUUAUAUAAUUGAAUUAAGAAGAAAAGCAUUUUAAAAUGUCACAUUUUUUGAAGUGCUUUCAGUUUCAGUUAGCAUGUUACACUUGUUUGUAUUAACUUAUUCAAACUUUAAUGUGAUUCGGUUAAAACAGGAAAACAUACUAAGAUUUAUAUUAAAUGAUGCAAAGAAAUCUACCAAAAUGUGAACAGAAACUGUUUCUGCUUCUUUUGGUCACAUUUAGUCAUGUUUAGUUCAAGUAGAUUGUGUUUUGUUCAAACUUUUGCAUUACAUUUUUUUUUUCUGGCAAUAUGAUUUAUGGUUGUCAGUAAUACAAGAGCCUCAUGUUUUGUCAAAUAGCUUAAGUUGAGUGAGCUGUAAUUUAAAACAACACUUCUCCGUUAAAAUGAUGUGACUAAAAUCACAGAAAAUAA